UCUUCCUGUCUCUCUUGCUUGCUGUGUGUGUACGGACGUGUACGUACUGUGUGGUGGUCAUCUCAUCAAAUGAGCUAGCUAAACCCACGGCAUACUGCAUCUUCUUUUGGAGGAUCACACGACACAAACAGAACCCAACUUUAGUUUGAGAGCAGGGCAGAGCAGAAUCUCCAAGUGAAGUAAAGACAACGAAAAUUUGUUCAGCAGUGUAACUUGAACGUUAAGGGAACACGUUAUAGUGAUGUCUUUGAAGCCCAGGGUUGUCAACUUUGAUGAAACUUGGGACAGGUUACUCAAGACUGUAAAAGGAGUCAUACAGCUGGGAAAUGUCAAGAGGAAAACAUGGAAUGAUCGUUUCUCUGAUGUGUAUGCUUUGUGCGUAGCCUUUCCUGAGCCACAUAGUAACCGCCUGUAUGAAGAAACUAAGAUUUUUCUGGAAGAACACAUAGAAGCAUUACACAAGGAUGUUAGUCAAGCUGGAGAAAGUCUUUUGUCCAUUUAUCACCGCCAUUGGGAAGAAUAUAGUAAAGGAGCCAGCUAUUUGGACCAAUUGUAUUCUUACCUAAAUCAGCAGUUUAUAAAGAGACAGAAAAUGAGUGAAGCUGAUCGAACAUUUGGUUUCAUGUUGGAUACUGGGGAGGAGCAACUCAUGGAUAUUGGUGAGUUGGCCCUGGAUAUAUGGAAGCGACUGAUGAUCAAACCACUAAGGAAGAAUCUUGAAGACCUCCUUCUUAGAGAGAUAGACAAAGAUCGUUGUGGUGAAGACACUAAUCAGACUGUACUUCACAGUGUUAUAAAUUCACUUGUUGAUGUAGAGCAGUACAGACAAAAAGACCAGGUUCAGUUCUACCAAAAUCUCUUGGAGGAAAAGCUUAUACAUGAUACUGGAGAGUACUACAGAAAAGAGUCGGCAAAUCUUCUACAAAACCAUAACUGUGCACAAUACAUGGAGAAGGUCCUUCAAAGAUUGGAAGAGGAAAAUUUUAGAAGUCGGAAGUUCUUACAUCAUAGUUCGUACAAUAAAGUGAUGCAUGAGUGUCGGACACGGAUGGUAGCUGAUCACAUGUCUUUCCUUCAUGGUGAAUGUAGGAAUAUGGUUCGCACAGAGAUGCUGUCAGAUCUUGCAAGGAUGUAUAAGCUGCUAAAACCAGUACCCAAUGGUCUUCAUAUCAUGGUUACAGAAUUACAAGAACACAUCAAGCAAACGGGUUUACAGUCAGUUUCAAGUCUACAGGGUGACAAUGUCCAUGCUCACUUUGUUGAUGUUAUCUUAGCAUUGCAUACUAAGUACAGCAGUAUGGUGAAUCAAACACUGGGAAAGGAUAAGGUCUUCACUAUGGCAUUAGAUAAGGCGUGUGCUGCAAUAGUCAAUGAUAGACCCAACCCAAGACUUCCAUGUAGAUCACCGGAACUGUUAGCAAAACACUGUGAUACGUUACUCAAGAAAAGUGCCAAAGGAGUCAGUGAGUCUGAGAUAGAUGAUAAGUUACAGCAGUCCAUCUUAGUCUUUAGAUAUAUAGAUGACAAGGAUGUCUUCCAACGGUUCUAUGCUCGUAUGCUAGCAAAAAGAUUAAUCCAUGGUUUGUCAACAUCGAUGGAUACAGAAGAAUCAAUGAUCAACAAGCUCAAGCAAGCCUUUGGUUAUGAGUUCACCAACAAGCUUCAUAGAAUGUUUACAGAUAUUGGAAUCAGUGAAGGACUCAAUACAAACUUCCACACCUACUGUCAGUCCAAGCAAGUGGACCUUGCUGUCAACUUCUCUAUUUACGUUUUAACAACUGGCUCAUGGCCACUUGGCCAAUCCACACUCACACCAUUUGCAAUCCCACAAGAAUUGGAGCAGAGUGUUAGCAAGUUUGAGGAGUUCUACAGUGAAAAGUUUCCAGGUAGAAAGCUAACGUGGCUGCAUCAUUUAUGCACAGGUGAACUCAAACUGAACUAUCUGAAAAAGUCCUACAUUGUUACUGCAACAACAUUUCAGAUGGCUGUGUUACUGCAGUUCAACAGCCAGUCCUGUCUACGCUACAAUGAGCUACUAGAAAGCACUCAAUUAAGUGAAAAGGAACUACAGAGAACAAUACAGUCACUGGUAGACGUCAAGCUGGUGGACCAUGAACCAGAGGGUGAUCUGACUGCAACCACACACUACACAAUCAAUAAUGGAUACAGCAAUAAGAGAACUAAAUUCAAAAUUACUGCUGCAGUACAAAAAGACACACCUCAGGAGGUUGAGCAGACCCAUUUUGCUGUUGAUGAAGAUCGUAAGUUAUACAUCCAGGCUGCCAUUGUACGAAUCAUGAAGGCACGGAAACAGCUGAAGCAUAUGAUACUCAUACAAGAGGUGAUAAGCCAAGCCAAAGCCCGGUUUUCACCCAGUGUGAGUAUGAUCAAGAAGUGUGUGGAGAUUCUUAUUGACAAGCAGUACUUAGAACGAACAUCAGCUGCUGAUGAGUAUGCAUAUAUUGCAUAACAGUAUACCACCUAUGAUAGCUUCAUCAUAGACAUUGAUUAAGUCACUGAUUCGUGAGCAAAAAGUGUUGCAUUGUCCAACUGGAGAGGGGACUUGGUAUGGUGCUAAAGGCAAUUCUAACACAUUUGAAUUGGUGUGAAUGUUAUUCAAUUGGAACAAAAUGCCCUUUAAGAAUUAGAACAGUGCGAGAACCUGGUCUUCACCGCGUGUAAAUGACUGGGUUGGCAAGGUCUGUUAACAGGGCUAGCCACCAAACGAGGUCAUUACCACGCAGUGAAGACCGGGUCCUCGCACUGUUAUUCCCAUUAAUAAAUACCUUUUUUUUAUUUAAAGAAAACAGCUAAAACUGUCCAAAUGUAUUGACUUUUCUCUCAGCGAUACUUCCAGACAUGUUCAGGGGCCAUAUUUUAGCUUUCGAUGGUUCCCAUCUCUUUCAUGUGAUAAUCACAUUACUGAUAGUUUGAGACUUAAAAGAAUCAUCGCCCUCAUUGGGGUCAAAUUAGGCAAAUGUUUGGACGAUAGUUGUUCUUUGUGCGUAAAACGCGCGCAUGAGCUCAGCGUCCAUGUAGUAUGUUGCUGUCACAAGACCAUAUAUGGACAAAUGAGUUUAUACGCGCGCACCUGUUACAUCAAAAUUGAUACAUUUUCAGCGCGUACGUGCAUGUAAUGAAGUUGCAAUGAAACUUACAAGAUGAUUAAGCGUGCGAUAUACAUUGCAAAGCGCAAACUAGUUGCACACAAUGUAUGCUGGUUUAGGGACCAUUUAUUCGCUAUUUUCCAAAGCCGGUCCUUUAUCAUCCGUUAAUACGUCCCCAUAUGAUUGGGUUUUGACCAAUGAGAGCCUGGAAACUGUCCGAAGUAUUUAUUAAUGGUCAUUCAUCUGCAACAGCUAUCAGGCUCUCUUCUACAUUUGACUGAACUUCCAUGAUUAAAAAUCCUCACUCUGAGUUUGUUGUGUAUCAAACACCAACUUCAAUUUCCAUAAAACGGAGUAGAAAAAAAUUGUGAUAUUUAUAAUAAUGUGUUUUGACAUAAUACUUCUCAUUUUACAACAGUAAUUUUUACAUGGACAAUAUGUACAGUGCAAGGUUUUUCUCUGCAAAGCAGAAUUGGAAUUUGUUCAGUAACUAGUUUGUAUUCAACUACUUUGGAUCCAAUGCCCGUUUCUAUGGCAGCAUUUCUUUGCAUUUUGCAAUGUGUGCAUUAGGGACCAUGGAUAAACGCAGUCGCUUGCGUGCAGACAUGUGACAGCACGUGGUCUUUCCAAAACUGUCAUGUGCUAUCCAUCUAUUGUUGGUGCCUUCUGUUGUUCAGAUGACAUGGACAAGGCAGGGCUUAAGUAGCCCUCAGAGGAGUGAAGGAUUAGUGUUUGUGCUCUGUAGCUCAGGUAUACCGUACUACACAGUAGUAUUUGGCCAGCACCAUUUUCCCUUGUUAUACAGUGAUUCUUCCCAAGACUGGGCGAUUGCGAGAAAUCGUGUGACACUGGGUAGGUUUUCUUUUGUUUGAGUUGUCACACGAAGGAAUGCGUCAUGUCGCGUGUGUGCCGGUGACAUCAUUUUUUUAUCCAUGCUCCCUUACAUGUACAUGUAGUUAAUGUCAAAGGCUUUGUGGAAAAACAUGUUUUCACUGCAGAAUAUCAUACUUAGUGUAUUUUUGAGAUACAUACCCCUAAAAAUAAUAUCUGUGCUACCUUCUGGAUAGCAGUGAAGAAUACAGUUAUAGAUGCAUCACCUACUGCCACCCACAUGAAACUUGAUAAUGUAAUAUUUCCAAUUAAAGAAUCGUACUUAUCCUAUACCACCCGGCAAGAUGCUCCUACGUUGUAAAUGUUGAUGUUUACAUUCAGUCAAAAUAAUCUACUUCAUUUAUCAUGUUUAUGCAAUUAAAUCAACAUCGAGAGAACAAAUUGGUAUGGAUAUAAAUAAGUUUGUAUACAAAAAAACUUUUGGUAAAUCUUGGUUGUAAUUUCAGAUUUGUCUUGACCUCAGGAAAUAUCUUAUCAUUGAACUGACUUCCAAAUUGGCCAAAGUUGUUUAAUUGAUUCUAAGCCGUUUGGCUCAUAAUUGAAACCCUUUAUAAUUAGUAACAUAACACCCUUUGGUUCACCAGAUAUAUUGGUAUGCGGUAAUACCAUGUACACCAAAUGUAAUCAACUUUUUAUUGAUUCCUCACCAUGCAAUAGUGGUUCUGCAAGACGGACAAGUUGGUCCAUUCGACAGUUCCCACAGAUGUACUGACCAGUCGAAACUGUAACCAAAAUUACAACAAAAGGAUAUUAUGAUAAAAACAAUUUAAAAUAAAUAAACCGUCUGCCUACAUUUUGUUGAUGUAUGUUAUUGCACAUGGUACAAUUCAUCAUAAGAUGACAGUAUCACCAUAGUGACUUGUACUGUGACAUCAAACUUUGCUUAGCAUUUAAGAUUGACCUGCAGUUUAAGAUAAUAAUAAUAAUAAUAAUAACCCGUUUUUAUAUUGCGCUUUUCACACCCGGAGGGCAUCCCAAAGGGCUUCACAUUGUUACCCCUAGUCACUGGGCCUUAAAUCAUUCCUUAAACCAUCUCAGCUCUCUGGUGGGGAGUAUGCAUUCUGUGCAACAUUAAUA